AUGUGCGGAAACAGCAACGAAGUGCAUGACUGCAUCAUUCUACUGUGUUGUGUACCUCGUAUCCUGAGCAAAUAUAACACAGAGUUUAGAACUGCUGUGUCAUGUUUUCAUUUAGAACGAAUUUGCUUCGUUGAAUUCUCAUAUCCAAAGCUAGACGGAGAAGGUGAAGGAGGGUUAUCAGAUGAAUGGAUCAAUCUGCCGUCACUGGCUCUACCAGAUGGUGCUCAUAAUACAAAUGACGAUGUGAUUUUCUUCAUUUUGCCUUCCAAAGAUCGCAAGGGAGAGUCUGUGUUUGGGAUAUCCUGCUGUCGUCAAAUUGCUUCCGAGGACUUAUUGUCGAAGGGAGACGAUAUUACCAGAAGCACUGUACAAAAAAGCGUGUGUGUAUUGUCUCGUAUUCCUCUUUAUGGAGCACUAAGAACAAAAUUGCAAGUGAUAACGCGGGCGUAUUUUGCCGAAAGAGAUUUCACGAAGGUGGAAGUUCUUUCCCAAAUGUACACGAAUUUGUGCGACAUGUUUGACGACGGAGCUGUUGACGAACAAGCUGCAAGCAUAGAUAUUUCGGUUCAAGAUCUAUUCCUUAGAUUUCGACAUCGAACACUCGUUCUAUUUAAGCUGUUGUUACUUGAGAAGAAGGUGAGUGGUCUCCACUGUAAUGACAUAGUGAUUUUCCUGAUACAAUUAUUGAAGAAUGCGAAGGAUAUCCCUGAGAUCAUAAUUCCUUCUUCUUCAAUAACUCUUGACAAGGGACCAAUUCUGGAAAAGGACAGUUUAGGUUUCCCGCUAAGUAUUUUUACUAAUGGCAACUUAUUUCAUCCAUAUGUCUCCCUCUCUUAUUUGGAUAUGAUAAGAUCAAAAUCGGUUCGUGGGUUUGCGAUUGGAGCGACGAAUGUCCUUUUUGUUACGAAAAGGGAUCUGAUUGAUGUCAUUAUAACGGUUGAUGAUCAAGACUGCGGGCAAAUUGAAUUUCUAGACGGAAGUCUUAAGCGAGAAUUAACUCUCACCUCCGCUGAUCUUCGUUUUGGUGACUAUCUCUUGAAGAACAUCGAGGAAAACCGAAGAUCAACUGCUAUGUUUGAGGGAAACGACGAAUGGUUACGAAUGCAAAUGCGGGAAUAUCUCCUUUCUAUGGGAGCGAGUUCGCGAUCAGAUUUAGCAGUGGCUGUUGCAGAUUAUGGUGUCUCAUUCAUUCACAGUUGGAGGUUUACACGGAAUUACCAGAUAUGGAUGACUGGUUCACAUGAAGAUCUCAGUGGGAUUGCUCCCGGUCAUGCCUUUUCUGGUCAGUUGGGAGUAUACGAUGUCCUCCUGAGAAUGGAACAUGCUGUGGGUGGAUCUGAAGGUGCCCGAAAAGCUCUCAGCGCUAUUUCUUCUACGGGAAGGAAUAUUGGAGAAACUAGCAGCAGAGUGCGACAUAGCGUGUCUAACUGGUUCAGAGGUGGCGUGACAAAUGCUGAAGAAGCAACAGAGGAAUUUACAGAAACGUCUUCAGUAGGUUUUACUUUUGAUUAA